GUUUGUGCCGUAAAGUGUUGUCGCAAGUAGCACGCGGGUUGUACUCGUGUGUACGGCAGAAAUAUCAGGAUGGAGAACAAAUCAAAAAAAUCCCCCUAUUCUAAAGGAGGCAAGAAGUUCUCACAGAAAGGAAAAGAAUCUGCUGGUCUCAGACUGGGCGGAAAGAAACCUGUUGGUGGAAAGAAACCUUUUAAAUCAUUCAGUAAUGCUGAAAGGAAAGGUCAUCCAGCCAACAAUAAAGACUUUGGCAAGAAACAGAACAACUUUUCUAAAGCUGGAGAUGGAAAGAAGAGGAAGCUGCAGACAUUUAAAGAUGGACGAAAAAGAGACGAUGGAGGACCACGACCUAAAAAGGUGAAAAAAGGAGACGCCCAAUCAAAGAAAGUGAUUGAUAAGGAGGAGCUGAAGAAAAACCGACAGCAGAGGAAGAAGGACCUGAAGAAUUUUAGGCAGCAAGCCGAGAGAAAGGACAUGUUUGAAAUCAUCUCCCAAGCCAAACAAGUGUGGGGAGAACUCAGAAGAAAAAAGUGUGAGGACAAAGUGAAGGUGAAACUCAUGAAGCAACUUCAUGACUUGAUGAGAGGAAAAGUCAAACAGAUGGCGUAUGCUCAUGAUUCAGUUCGGGUGCUGCAGUGUUUCAUCCAGUUUGCCAGUCAUGAGCAGAGAGGCGAGGUGUUUGAGGAACUCAAAGAUGAUGUCAUUACGUUGUGCAAGUCACAGUAUGGGAGACACGUGGUGAAAAAACUGCUGAUGUAUGGGAACAAGGAGUUGGUUGCGUCAGUGAUGCUAACAUUCAAAGGUCACGUUCGCACGAUGCUUCGCCACGCAGCAGCCUCCACCAUCGUGGAGUAUGCGUACAACGACAAAGCUGUGCUGGCUCAGAGACUCAUGCUCACGGAAGAGCUGUAUGGAAACACCUUCACUGUGUGCAAGUCGUCGGUGUGUAACACCAUUGAGAAAGUGGUUAAAGAAAAGCCGGACAAACAGAAGCACAUUGUGGAGGAGAUGAAGCAGAUCCUCACGCCCAUGGCCCAGAAAGAGCAAGUCAUCAAACAUUCCCUCGUCCACAAAGUCUUCCUGGACUUCUUCUUCUUUGCCGACGAAAAACAGAGAUCAGAAAUGAUCGAGUCCAUCAGGGAGUCGGUCGUCUACAUGGCCUACACACACGACGGUGCACGAGUGGCCAUGCAUUGUCUGUGGCAUGGGACCGCCAAGGACCGAAAAAUAAUCAUCAAGACAAUGAAGACAUACAUGGUCAAGUUUGCUACUGGGGAGUUUGGUCACCUGGUGCUCCUGGCGCUGUUCGACUGUGUGGACGACACCAAGCUGGUCCGACAGGCGGUGCUCUCUGAAAUCCUGAGCUCUCUAGAGGAGGUCAUCAGCAACAAAUAUGGCAAGAAGGUUCUGCUGUAUCUGCUGAGCCCCAGAGAUCCCGCUCACCUCCUGCCUGAGAUUAUCAAGGUAUUGGAGCAGGGAGACGGCAACACACACAGUAAAAAGGACAAAGACAUUCGGAGGAGGGAGCUCCUGGAGGUGGUGUCCCCCCCACUGCUGCACUAUCUCUGUGAGAACGCUGCAUCCAUGGUGAUGGACAAGGCCACAAGUGUCACGGUCAGCGACAUCCUAGCCUCAGCCUGCGGUGACCUGCAGCCCGCCAUGACGGCGGUGGCUCAACUGGCCUGUCAGGAGCUGGUCCCGGGGGGCACAGACGGACAGCUUCACAUGGCAGAACAUCCAGCUGGACAUCUGGUGCUGAAGUGGCUCAUUGAGCAGGACCUUGCACUGUCUGAAGCUGGAAGAGAAGAGCGCUUUGGCAGAAUCCUGGUGGACACAGUGGGGCUGGACAACCUCAAGAGCUGGGCGAAGGUCAACAGAGGAGCCAUGGUGCUCUGCAGCCUGCUGAACAGCUGCGACAAGAGUGUUGCCUCUGAAGUGAAGAAAACACUGCAGUCGUUUGCCUCAGAGCUCAAGAGCAUCAGCAACAAUAAAGGAGUUGAAAUCCUCCUGGAGAAUCUCAGCAAGUGAACACUGAUGUCAGGACAGUGAUCUGGAAACCCUCCUGCUGUGACUCGAGGAGAAACGCAGUUGUAACUUAUGAACGAUGACUCAUCGACUCAACAUGCUCCAUAACCAAAUACUGUUUGGUGACUUGUGUUUUACGUGGUUUAACUGUAUGAGUAUGAGUGUAUGAGUUCCACACAUGACCACACAUUGACUUUAACAUCCAGGUUUCUGUUCUGUUUUCCGGCUUUAUAACAGAAAUAAAGUCUGUGUGAAUGAUGGAAGCCACAACUUUAAU